AUGUCACCUAGAACUCCGACACCUCCUCACGACACGUCAGAGACGUCAUUUCGCUCGAACAAUCCGUUUCUUUCGGAUGAAGAGGGAGUUGAAAUGCAGAGGGCCAGUCCAUCUGCUAUCCCUUCUGCUGCAGCAGUAGCCACCUCUCCAAAUAACAGCAUGUCAACGGUCGAGCAGGGCCGACCUUUAUCGUAUAUAACGAGUCCCCGUUUACCUAGUACCGGCUCCCCUCAGAGACCCGGUAGAGCCAUCUUACAUUCAUCAUCUUCAGCAUCAGAUCGUAUAAAAUCACAACCACAACGACAUAUUUCCUUUGGUAAAAGUCCCAUUGGCACCCCAAGAAGCAAUAGAUCAUGGGACGAAAAAGAUGAAGCAGAAGAUGAGUUUGUAGAUGUGUUACAUUCUAACUUGACAAAUGGUAACACAAGCACAGUAGCAUUAGCAUCGGCAGCGGCUAUGACUGCCGGACACGCAGGAGUGUCAUUUUCAACAAGAACACCACGAGGUGAACUGGCAGGAAAUGACGGCGAGUUCACUGCUAAAGAUGGAACUCAGUUCAACGAAAUGGCAAGACAGCCUACUAUGAUGAAGAGAACACGAUGGGGUACACAACGACAUAAAAAAGGGCGACCACUAAAUGCUCCAAAACGAUCCAAGUCAAUAUUCAGUCGUAAUCCAUCUAGCAGCACCGCCAACGACCAUUCUAAUAGCCACAGUCGAAGCCAUAGCCGGAGUAAUAGUCACGGCCACCAUGGUACCAUGCAUGAUAACGAGUCAUCAGAGUCGCUAGUCGACGAGACGCCUGAAAGCAGGAAAAUAUACUUCAACAUGCCUCUUCCUCAAGAGUUGCUAAAUGAAGAGACUGGCCUCCCAUUAGUAGACUAUCCUCGAAACAAGAUCCGCACAACGAAAUACACGCCGCUGUCGUUUGUGCCGAAGAACCUGUUUUUUCAGUUUCAAAACGUGGCUAACGUCUAUUUCUUAUUUAUUGUCAUUCUUGGUGUAAGUAUUUCACAGUCUAGCAUCCCGACGUCCGACUCGAGCGAAGCGAGAGGAGCCACGGGGUCUGAGGCGGAGCCCUAG